UUGAUUCUAUUUCAGAAUUUACCACAAGGGAAAGUAGUCUGGGCUUCAGUUGAUGCAGAUGCUCAAGCGGGUCUUGCAACGCGGUUCCAAGUAAACAAGUAUCCAACUUUGAAGUUAUUCCGCAAUGGCGAAGUUGUACGAAAAGAGUACAGGAGUCAACGUUCCGUCGAGGCUCUUUCUGAAUUCAUUCAGAAGCAGUUAGAUUCUGGUCUUCAAGAAAUUCCUAGUAUAGAUGAACUGUAUCGAAAGUUGGAUGCAGGAAAACGAAAUGUAGUGGCAUAUUUGCCUCAACUAAGUGGACCCGAGUACGACAGUUUGAAGAAAGUUGCCUCGGUCUUGAGGGAAGAAUGCACUUUCUACGUUGGAGCAGGUCCGGCUUUUUCUGAUCGCACAGCGCAAGGUCCAACAGUGCACUUCAUGGCCAAAAAUUCGCAAGAAGGCAUGCAGUACCCUGGAGACAUGAAAAACUACGACGUAUUGAAGUAG